CAUCGGCGUGUUUACCGGUCCGUAAGUGAUUCAUGUUUUGCUGCGUUAUGCGAAGAAUGGGAGGGGGCGUGCAUUUGUUCUUGCAUUUCUAUAUUUCUCUAUGUGUUGUACCUGCCAAGCGCUCAUCAUGGAUUCGCAAAAUCGUUUGCCCCGCGCCCUCCGGCAUUUCAGGGUGGUUUCGACCGCGGCAUGCCGAUUCCAAAUUAUUCGUUUCUUCCAAUGUCAGCUCCGACAGCACCGCCGGUGCCCAAGCCAGGAGCCAUGCGUAUCUCGAAGGCCAGGUCGUAGACGUGAGAGAUGUCUGCGUGGAUGGUCACGGCCGGUACUUGCCCUUUCACCAAGAUGAUCCCUCGAAAUUUGAAGUCGUGGCUAUCGCUAGUAACAAUGCUGUCAUGGAAGAUCUUAUGAAGAAAGAAAAAGUCGUGCCCGUCUUCACGAAAGCGAGCGAGGAUUGGAACCAGACUUUUUACAGGACAGAGGAGAUCUUUCGGCUUAUCCCUAUGGCAGUAUCUGAUGAGGACAGGAACGACUUCAUCACGGGCGUGAACGCAAUCCACCAGAAGCUCAGCAUCCCGAUGGGCGAGUCUGUGUCCUCGUUCCUGAGUCAGCUCGGCGUGAUCGCCGCCGUGCAUCGUCAUCUUCAGCUCCCGGUGCACAGCCGGCUGCGCGCAGGAAUUUGUUCGAGACAGACUUCGGUGCCAAUCGUGCUUGGGAGGCUGAGCCGGCGCGACAAUCGCUGCCCAAGGAUUUGAUCGGUCUUGAGGUCCGUGACAGUGACCUUGAUCGUGCAGGUAAGGUCGUCGGUCUCACCAUGGGCCCGGACGCAGUCUUUUCAGUUCGCUGGGGCGACGGAUUUGAUGCCGAAUUUUCUUACGAUGAGAUUCGCCAGCUCGACUUUCCAGGGGCAUCUGUGCACUUCGACA